CUUGUUCGGACGGAAACGGGGUAAAGUCGUCAACUUUAGUUAAUGAGUAAGCCCGAACUGGCAACCCUGAAGGCAGCAGCGUUUCCUGUUCUUUUGCUCUUUGGACUCACUCGCCAUUUUGCUACAGUCGAGUGGACGGCACGUUUGGUAGUAGCUUAGCAGCGACACAAGCAACAGCACCGGGGACGAUUUGAGGAGAAUAUUAAGCAGAUAACAUUAUGAGUGGCUGUCGUGUCUUCAUCGGCCGUUUGAGCCCACACGCCAGAGAAAGAGAUGUGGAGAAGUUCUUCAAGGGAUACGGACGGAUUCGGGAGAUCAACUUAAAGAACGGAUUCGGAUUUGUGGAGUUUGAUGACCACAGAGAUGCAGAUGAUGCUGUGUACGAGUUGAAUGGCAAAGAGUUGUGCAGUGAAAGGGUCACUAUCGAGCAUGCUCGCUCCAGAAGAGGAAGAGGUGGUGGCCCUGGAAUGGGACGUUUCAGCAGCAGUAGCAGCAGCAGCAGCUAUCGCCCAUCUCGCAGCAGUGGAUCCAGGUAUGGCCCUCCUGUGCGGACCGACCAUAGACUCAUUGUAGAGAACCUCUCUUCACGGAUUAGCUGGCAGGACCUGAAAGACCUGAUGAGAAAAGCAGGUGAAGUUACCUUUGUGGACGCUCACAGACCCAACAAAAAUGAAGGGGUGGUUGAGUUUGCAUCUCGCAGUGAUAUGAAGAAUGCCAUCGCCAAGCUUGAUGGGACAGAGCUGAAUGGACGCAAGUUGAAAAUCUACGAGGACAGCAGAAGUCGCAGCAAGAGCCGCUCCCGCUCCCGCAGCUACUCUCGCUCAAAGAGUCGUUCCCGCAGCCGCAACCGCUCCAGGAGCCGCUCCAGAUCUGUCAGCCGCACCCCAGAGAAGAAGACGUCAGGAGGGGGCAAGGCCGCAGCCAGAUCCCUUUCCAGAUCCAAGUCUCGCUCCAAGUCUCGCUCCAGGUCUCGCUCACGUUCACCUGCCCCAGCUCAGAACAAACAGUCUCGCUCCCGUUCACGUUCACGCUCUCGCUCUCGUUCCCGAUCCCGCUCACGUUCCCGCUCCGCCUCUGCAGACAGCAAACACUGAGAUCGAUACACCUGUAGGCCGUGAAAUAGACUGGUAGCUGCUCACCAUGUGACAUGGUGACAUGUGAUUUUGUUUUUGUUUUUUGUUUUUUUUUUUUUUUGUUUUGUUUUUUUUUUUUUGUCUUUUUUGUUUUGUUUUUGUUUUUAAAUGAAGGGGAGGGAACUGCCUUUUACAUGGCUUCUUUUGAAAUCUGAUCUUCAGUUAUUAAUGUGCCCACUUAGACUUUGAUUUCCGUUUUUUGUUGUUUUUGUUAGUUUGGAUGUGCUUCCAUAAGGAAAACACUUUUUGGAUAUCCUGUCACUUCAUGAUUUAUACAUUUCCCUCUUCUAAUAACCCUUCAUAUUUUGAUGAAAUACCCAAUGACAGAACACGUUUUGAUCGGUGAUGAUCACACUCCUGCAGCCUGUGGUAUUUCUCUGCCAUGUUUUGAUUCCAUCUGCUCUUCUGUGCUUUGCCUGAGUGUUCAAGGUUAGGUGGGAAUGGUUUGAAGUCCCCAAAAUGUCAGUGAGUAUGUUUUGGUUUGUAAUGCAAGCUCCCGGCUUUGCUGUGAAACUGUGAUUCUGCUUCAGAUUAGGCACCGUAACAGGUACUUCUAUACUUGUUGCAUUCACUGCCCUGAUAUGUAUGUAAACAAAACUGCAAACAUCUCAGCUGGUGAUUUAUUUCGGCUUUCUUGUUUAAUGAUAAUGGAAUCUGGCGCUAAUUUCCCCUCCCCCCCUUUUUUUUUCUUAAACACUGCUGUAUCAAGACUUUGUCCCGUGUUGGUGAUUAAUUUUCUUUUAUUUUUAUUUACUUUAUCUCCAGCCUUGGCUUUUGUGGUGUGGGUCUGAACACAAGUAUGUCUGUUUCAGCAGGAAGAAAUAAGUUAAUUGAUUUGAUACUAAUAAAACUCACUGCGUAUUGUCAUUUGUUUUUUAGUAACGUCCAGAAAGAACAAUGACUUUUUUUAUAUAUAUAUAUAUAUACAUAUAUAUAUAUAUAGUGAAUGCGGGUCGAGAGACUCUCAUACAUAUUAAAUACAGUCUCUGUAGUUGAACUGAAUAAAGCUUUCAAAAACUGUUAAAGCCAAAUUUGUUUCUGUGGUGCUAUGAUUACAGCAUAUCAUGUAACUAAACCCCAGGUACAGUCACAAAUAAAAUUUUGAUUUACAUACUAUCUGUCUUUGAAUAAUACUAAUCAACUCAAGUAUGAAAACCUAAUGUUAUCUGUUGUUUAAUCCAUUUACU